GGAGCUCACAAAUCAGCUGUACCGUGUUUUAAUAAGUUAAUCCAUCAUAAUUAAUGCUACUGCAGCCACAAAUUGAUUUAUGUGUCUAUUAAUAUUUAAUAAAGCAGUGUAAUUAAUAAAGUCUGUAAAACCAGUGUUAGACAUUCCUGAACAUAUGAGCUCUAAAUAAACACCCUGACCUGUGGAUAACACGUGAAUCCUGAAAAAUAACAGCAGGGAAAUUACAUCUUUAGAAAAAAGGGUUAAAAAUAACAAACUAUAAGUUAUUCUGACCCAGUCCUCAGUCUGUGAAGUCUAAAGCAAACACCGCUAUAUAUCUGGUUUCUAGAUGAACAGAAAACAUGUAGAGACUUCUCACUGCAGGAAUGUUCAAUUCAGUUUUAUUUUUACAGCGCCAACUACAGGUAAGAAUGUCUCAGGACGCUUUCCAGAACCCAGAUAUCUGAAUGUCCUCUGGCUCUUUUGUUUCAGAGAUUGUUCCAGAAGCUUUGUCCUGGUGAGAAGGUAUGUGUGUUUAAUCUAGAAAGAAGACAUGAAGAGGAGAAGAACUUGGGCGAGACCCCUACCUCUUGAUGAUGAUGAUGAGAAUGAUGAUGAGAAUGAUAACAAUGAUGAAGAAGAGGAGGAAGAAGAAAGUACUUCUGACAGAAGAGAUAGUUUAAGAAAACGAAAGAAAGUCAAUUACUGGACAGAUGCUCAUGUUGAUGGAGAGGAUGAGGAGGAUGAGUACGAGGAGGAUGAGGAGGAAGGUGAGGAGGAAGGUGAACACAGCCAGACAACACCAGAAAACAGUGAACCAUGUAUUGAGUAUCAGGGCGACUUCUGUACUCCACCUGAAUUUGAGGACAUUGCGGGGAAAAGCAGGGCAAAGAAAUGGAAAACAAGUAUUUUCUAUAAGAGGAAACCUCUGCAGUAUUACUUUGAUAAAGAGCUGCUGACCACGGUGGGAUACCACAGGAGAAGGAGGGAAACAGCAAAGCAAACCACACCAUCAGGUCGCGAGUCUCCGUGUAGUGUGGCAUCAGAAGAGGAAUCAACUGGAAGCAAAAAUGACUGUGAGAACAUGGUGAUACUGAUAGAAGACAGCGAGGACGAACGGUUCGGAACUGAAAAUGACACAAAGGUCAGAGACCCGGACAAGAGGAAAGACGAGGAAGUGAAAAAUGGAGAAAUGAAAGAUGAGGAGGUGACUGUUGCUGCUGAUUUCCAUGUAGACAACGAUGCUACUGAAGAAUGCAUACAAUUGAUCGCAACAGAAUUUUAUAAACAAGUAGCAAAGAAGACACAAGUAAAGGUAGCCCUGGAGAGGAUCCAGCUGGUAGUCGGCCCAGCAGCAGAGUCAGACUCCUGUACUCCACUUCAGGCCAGAAGUGAUGAUCAGACCAGCUCAACAGAGCUUCCAGAAGAAGCAGAGCGUUUGUGUGAGGAUGAGGAUGCACACAGUGAUAAGGAGGAUGAACACAACAGUCCAGCAGCAGCCGACCUCUACGACUCUCCAGCUGCUCAUGCUUAUUCCCCACAGACAUCAGAUCCUCUCAUCAUUGCAGAUGUUUCAGGCCCUUCAACAUCACCUCCAAAUGUGCAGACUGAGGAUCCAGGAGAGCCGGAUGUCCCCAGCUCUGGCCUCAACACAGCACAGUCACAUGGGAUUAAACUGGAGACGAGCAGUCCCCAAACAUCCAAAGCCUCAGACUACAUUCAGGAACCAUCCCUUAAUGCCGGACCCUACAUUCUGGAGACCUCAACCAUUAAGACCUCAGACUACAGUCCGGUGAAACCAUCCCUUAAUGCUGGACCCUACAUUCAGGAGGAACCAACCAAUCAUCUACCAUCAGGACCUCCUUCUGAUGAAGACACAAUAGAUGUUGAUCAACUGAAGAGAGAAAAACUAAAAAUGCAAUUGAAAGUUUUAAAAUUACAAGAGGAAUAUUACACAUUGAAAAUUCUGAAAUUAAAAGAAUGAAAACGAGUCACUGGACAUUAAGUGAAAGUUGACAGACUGUGAGAAAAGGCUGCAUGACACAAACGAACGCACAACGUUGUGGUACGAUGACUGGUGUUAUUAUAGGUUUACAUAAAGGACAUGAAAAUAUAAUUAUUAAAUGUGGUUUAUGGGUACAUCUAA